UGUUCCCCAGGCAGUUGUCGCCCCGCGCCAUGCGAGUCCUCGGGCCAGGCCUGACAGUGCGGCGCCUCCUCCGGCUUCGGCUUCCUCCGCGGCCGCCGAGGCCGCCGGGACCCCGGCUGUCGAGCGGACGUCCGGCGGCGGCCGGCGCCCUGGAGCGGGCCAUGGACGAGCUGCUGCACCGCGCGGUGCCGGCGAUGCCGGCCUACGAGCUGCGCGAGAAGACGCCGGCGCCGGCCGAGAACCAGUGCGCGGACUUCGUGAGCUUUUACUGCAGCCUAGGCGAGACGGCCGAGCGCGCCGAGCUGCUGGGCCGCCUGGCGCGGGGCUUCGGCGUGGACCACGGCCAGGUGGCCGAGCAGAGCGCCGGCGUGCUCCAGCUGCGCCAGCAGCCGCGGGAGGCAGCCGUGUUGCUGCAGGCCGAGGACCGGCUGCGCUACGCGCUGGUGCCGCGCUACCGCAGCCUCUUCCACCACAUCAGCAAGCUGGACGGCGGCGUGCGCUUCCUGGUGCAGCUGCGGGCGGAUCUGCUCGAGGCGCAGGCCCUCAAGUUGGUGGAGGGGCCGCACGUCCGGGUAAGGCCCCGCCCGGGCCGCCCCCGAACCCCUGGCUGCGGGGACAGUAAUGGGCCGCACCCCCCGCCUUGCGCCCAGGAAAUGAACGGGGUGCUGAAAAACAUGCUCUCAGAAUGGUUUUCUUCUGGGUUCCUGAAAUUGGAGCGGGUCACCUGGCAUUCGCCGUGCGAAGUGCUCCAGAAAAUCAGUGAGUCUGAGGCUGUGCACCCCGUGAAAACCUGGAUGGACAUGAAGCGCCGUGUCGGGCCCUACAGGAGGUGUUACUUCUUCUCUCACUGCUCCACCCCUGGGGAGCCCCUGAUCGUUCUGCACGUGGCGCUGACCAGCGAGAUCUCCAACAGCAUCCAGGCGAUCAUUGUGAAGGAGUGUCCCCCAUCGGAAACUGAGGAGCAGAACAGGAUCACCACAGCCAUCUUCUACUCCAUCAGCCUGACCCAGCAGGGGCUGCAGGGCGUGGAGCUGGGCACCUUCCUCAUCAAGCGGGUGGUCAAGGAGCUGCAGAAGGAGUUUCCUCACCUUGGGACGUUUUCAAGUCUGUCUCCUAUCCCCGGAUUCACCAAAUGGCUCCUGGGGCUCCUGAAGUCGAAAGCCAAGGAGCACGGGAGGAGCGAACUGUUCACCGAUUCCGAGUGUAAGGAAAUCUCUGAGAUCACAGGGGGCCCCGUUCACGAGACUCUCAAGGCCUUCCUGAGCAGCAGCGAGUGGGUGAAGUCCGAGAGGCUGGUCCGGGCGCUGCAGGCCCCCUUGAUGAGGCUCUGCGCCUGGUACCUGUACGGAGAGAAGCACCGGGGCUACGCCCUGAACCCCGUGGCCAACUUCCACCUGCAGAAUGGCGCUGUGAUGUGGCGCAUCAACUGGAUGGCAGACGUCAGCCUCAGGGGCAUCACCGGCUCGUGCAGCCUCAUGGUCAAUUACCGCUACUUCCUGGACCAGACGGCCGCCAACAGCACCGCCUACCUCGGCUCCAAGAACAUCAAGGCUUCCGAGCAGGUCCUCAGCUUGGUAGCCCAAUUUCAGAAGAACAGCAAACUCUAAUGUACCCUUUCCCAAAGCAGACACCCCGGCUGGGAAAAGAAUAAUUUUCUGGAUGGUCGGGGGCAGGGUCAUGUAUCCAAAGGCGCUUUUAGAGUAAAGCAGAGUUAAACUGUGGUCUCUGGCCUGUGGCAGGGUCACACCCAGCAGCCAUUCCCUGACUUUGAUUGCAAACAAGGGAUGGUGUGGGACCUGAAGCAGGGUGGUGGUGGUGGGUGCAGGGGGAUGCAGGCUGGGUGGGGACAUGGGGCUCUCUCCAGAAGAUUCCAUCGUGGCCUUUGGCCUGGCUCCCUGCCCUGGGACAGUCUUCAGAACCUGUAGAGCCUCUGUCAGUGCCCGUCCCAGGGUGGAUGGGUCAGCCUCACUGGGACCCGGGCAGACAGCCCAGGUGAGAUUUCCCUUUGAGCUUAGAACAUAAUUCAACUGUGGUCGCUUUAGCCAUUUCUCUCCACUCAUUGCGAAGGGGUCAAGGGAUGCCCUACGUUUCACUAGUUUAAUUUCAGUGUUCAUGAAUGUAUAAAAAGGUUUGUGACUUUGCACAAACUGUGCUAAUUUAAAUCACUGGACAUCAGAGUUGUUGUCACCUAGGGCUUAAAUUGGAUUAUAGACUUGAUGGUUACAGUGAUUCAAGUUCAUAAUGAACUGAAUGGUGAAGAACAAGUUUGUUCUGUGAAACAUUAAACACGUGGUUCUUUACGAUCA